AUAAUGGAUAUCCACCGCUUAAUUUGAGCUCACAAGAAGCAGCAAGAGAAAGAGAAGAAGAAGAAGAAGAAACCCUAAGUUUGAUAGUGUGAUGGAGAGUAACACUUCCAAUUCUACGGUAGUUUUAUUUCUCCUGAUCACCUCCUCCUCCCUACUAAUAACUAUCCCUUCAGCAACAGCCCUAGGCUUCAACUGCAGCUCCUCUGCAACAACAUGUUCAGCUCUGAUAGACUACGUCUCUCCCACCAACAAAACCCUAGCCAAAAUCGCCCAACUCUUUGGGGUAAGCUUCAUCUCCUUAUUUGAUGCAAACUCCUUCCCACUCUCUACCUCUCCGGUCCAAACUGUUGAACCAAACCAGACAAUCAAGAUUCCCUUCCAGUGCAGUUGUGCCCAAGGGAUUGGAAUCUCCAAUAAAGUCCCUAUUUACAAUGUAAAGAAAGGGAAUUACCUGAUUUACAUUGCGAACCAGUUGUACUCUGGGUUGGUGACUUACCAGGAGAUCGCUACCGUCAAUUCUAUUUCCAAUCCCAAUUUGAUAUUUCCAAACCAAAAGCUGUGGAUUCCGCUGCCGUGUAGCUGUGAUGAAGUGGAUGGUGAUCAGGUCGUCCAUUAUGGACACGUGGUAACUAAGCAGAGGUCGGUGGGGCAGAUUGCUAAGGAGUAUGGAACUACCCAAGGUACCUUGUUGAAACUCAAUGGGUUGGCCCAUCAGAAUCAACUUCGGGCCGGCCAACUGAUCGAUGUUCCUCUCAGAGCUUGUAAAUCCAUGGUUGGCAAUGACUCACUUGACUACCCCUUCCUUGUUCCCAAUGGAACAACGGUUUUAACCGCCAACAACUGCGUUCAGUGCACCUGCGAGUCAUCCAAAAAUUGGACAUUACAUUGUGAGCCAUCUCAAGGGGUUAAACCAUCCAAUUGGACAAGUUGCCCUUCCAUGCAAUGUCAAGGUGGUUUACUCCUAGGAAAUACUAAGUCACCUUGCACCACUUGUGCCUAUGCUGGAUAUUCCAAUCAGUCUAUACUUACAACCCUCUCCAAGACUUGUAGCAUUGAUGAGGCAUGGAAGGAGAACCAUGUGGAUUUGGGAAGGAUGCUUGCAAUAGCUAUUUCGUCAGGGACCGGAAUUGGGAUCAUGGUGAUGGUAAUAGUCCUUUAUUGUUGCUUGAGAGGGAAAUCUUCAUUAAAUAGAAACAAGGAUAUUGAGGUUGAGUUAUUUUUGAAGAAUAAUGGAUCCUUAGUUCCAAAAAGAUACAGUUAUUUGGAAAUCAAAAAUAUUACUGAUUCCUUGAAAGAGAAGCUAGGUGAAGGAGGUUAUGGUGGUGUCUACAAAGGAAAGUUACUUGAUGGUCAUUUGGUGGCAGUGAAGAUCCUCCAUGAGUCCAAAGGAAAUGGAGAGGAAUUCAUCAAUGAAGUUGCAAGCAUUAGUAAGACUUCCCAUGUUAAUAUUGUUGCUCUUCUUGGUUACUGUUUUGAGGGGAUUAGAAGAGCUCUUGUGUAUGAGUUCAUGCCCAAUGGAUCUCUGGACAAGUUCAUAUAUGAUAAAGAAUCAUCAACAACACACCCUCGCCUUGGGUGGGAGACAUUAUUCAAUAUAGCUACUGGAAUUGGUCGGGGAUUAGAGUACCUACAUCGUGGUUGCAAUACACGUAUUUUACACUUUGACAUAAAGCCUCAUAACAUUCUACUAGACCAAGACUUUUGCCCCAAGAUCUCUGAUUUUGGACUUGCUAAACUAUACCCAAGAAAAGAUAGUAUCAUAUCAAUGCGGGAUACGAGAGGGACUGUAGGGUAUAUUGCUCCAGAAGUGUUCUUUCGAAACUUUGGAAGAGUCUCCCACAAGUCUGAUGUCUUUGGUUAUGGCAUGAUGGUUUUGGAAAUGGUUGGAGGAAGAAAGAAUAUGAAUAUGUCAGCAGGUCAUACUAGUGAAGUAUAUUUCCCACAUUGGAUCUAUAAGCAUUUCCAAGAUCAGGAACUAGUACUAGAAGGGCUCACAACUACAUUGGAAGAAGAGAUUGCUAAGAAAAUGACUUUAGUAGGGUUAUGGUGUAUCCAAACAGAUCCUUCAAAUCGGCCUUCGAUGAGUAAAGUUGUUGAAAUGUUAGAAGGAAGCAUUACUUCAUUGCAAAUCCCUCCAAAACCUUACUUGUGUUCUCCUUCAAGAUUGCCUUCAGAUUGUUCUGGCACUACGACCUUGGAAAAUUCUGUGAUAACAUGAGUAUCAUAUAAGAAUAUUGGUAAGUAUCAUAAACAAAUAUAGAAGGCCAUUCAUCCUGGCAAUUGUAAAUUGCAGUAGAUUUUAAUGUUCUACAGACUCAAAAGUCCCAAAAAAGUUCUCUAAAUGUAAGACAUUUUAUAGUAAUACAUGUAGAAAGUUUUCCAGCACCGUGGCUUAUAAAUGUUAUACCCCUUAUUGUGUAGUGUA